AUGGAUCCCAAUACUUCAGAUCGCCUCAAGAGGCUUCAGAUGGAAAACCUUGGAACCGCACGACGGGAGUAUAUCUCAACUGCAGAUGACAGGCGACACAAGAAGGCUAGGUUGGAAGACAUACAGGCAAUACGAAUGACAAACGUUCCUGGGUCAGCUGCUCAACGCAUGGCCACUGUAAACCAGGGGAGACUUGAGGAUUGGGCAAAUGUCCACAAGACGAUAGGUGAUACCGAAGACCUGGAGAACCUCGACAGCCUCCUGGAUGGACAAAGCCAUCGACUUCAGCUAAGCGCCAUCAUACGUGAAAGUGGAGGGCAAAAAUACAUAGGGAGUCAAAGGCGCUCUGGUUCUGCUCCGGCUACCAGGUCGUUGCAUCCGGUCGGUCGUGGCGGCGGCGUGAUAGGCACCCGAGGACGUGGAACAAGGCAGAGCUCUUUACCGCCAUCCAAUCCUACACCCAGAGGCCAUGUUACUCAGCCUCCGAAGCGGUCCCAUGGAGAUGCAGCUCUUGAUGACAAUGACUUCUACCGAACGGCUCGUGAAGGAAACGCUUCAAGGAAGGAAGAAGCCAUGAGAGCACAAAAUAGACGGUCUUCUGUGCGAAGGCCUACGUCUUCUACGACCAGACCGAGAAGACCCGUGUCACAGGUUGACUAUAGUAGCAUGCUCAGUCAGCCACAGAGUUUCCUUGCUGCCGCUCGCAGUCUGGUUAGCGCUAGAACUACGCCGGCUGCUCCUACUCCUGCCUCCCAAAUCUCUCGCGAUGGCGGCAGAUCUGAGGCCAGCCGAAAAUCUUCAAGCCCAAUGGAUACUACGGAUAGGCCUACCGUUCAGAAAACGCAGCAGGAACCGAAGCCCCAAAUGGCGGAACCUCCCAAGCCUUUUACCCGUCCAGUAGUUCAGCUACCGGCAAUUCCCCCUCGGUGCACAGCUGUGCAGCAAGAGAGUACAACCAAGGCGGACGAACCGCUUCCAGUCUUGCCAUCCUCAGCCGUACUUGAUGCCACCAGUCAGGAUCAAGGGUCUGCAUCUAUGAGCUUGGGGUCGACUGAGGACGGACAAUCUAUUUCUGGAAUACCUGAAAGUCAAACUGGAACACAAGAAAAAGUUAACUCUGACCUGUCUACAGCGGCAGCUCCCGUACCGGAUAUUAAAGAUACCAGUCCGAAGGCAGCGACUGAUGUCAAGGAAGCCAUCCUGCUUGACUUUAGCUAUACACCACCGGAGCAAAGCAUCCAUGGCCAAAGUCCUGCUCCUACGGAGGUGCUAACCCCUUCGCUUGAAGAUCUAAGAGGCCUUGACUUUAAACAGGACAUCCACCCCAAGUUUCCUACUAGAAGAAGAGUUGACUUCGACAUGUCUUCUGACAAAAGAGAAGCAUCCACCAAUGUGCAUGAUCUCAUGCCUACGAAACAGUAUGAUAAAGCUGAAGCCAGCGAAGAUCUGCAUCGACAGAUCAAUAUGCUGUGCGAGCUUUUGCAAUCGACCUCUCUUUCGGGUGAGCACCGUGAAAGCCUGAAGCAAUGCAAGACAGCGCUCGAAGGGAAGUUGCACGGCGCUUAUGACUCCACAGGUAAAAGAACUCAAACACAAGGAGACCCUUUCCUUGGAAAGCCGGUCCUUGAAACUCUUGAAGCGGCAGCUGAGCCAGAUGAACAACCUCAAUCGACUAUCAGUGGUCUAGGUAUACAGAAUGUAUCCAUGGACAACUUCACCCCUAACAAAGCUGAGACAAUAGUCGAACCAGACACACAAGCAACACCCAGCGUCGGUGAAAUGAUCAUGCCUACAUCCGUGGAAAAUGCCAGACUAGCAAUGGCGAGUCCAAGCCCUUCGAGCCGACUGAACGUAACCGCGCCGCCAUUUGUCCCAAAGACGCCCUUCCGCGCCCAGUCGAAUAGUUUCUCAAGCGAUUCAAAUGCAACAUGCGUGCCUGAAACGCCCUGCCCACACCGCCGAGUUAGCAUGCCAGAGGGACACAUAAUUGGGGACCACCUGCUGCCAGGCAGGCGUAGAGAGACCAUAUCCUCUGGAACCGAGCCGCUGGCGGCAAAGCAGCCACCGGCCAAUGAGGUCACUGAACCCCGUUUCAAGUUCUCGAUCCCACCGAAAAUCUCACGCAAGUUGACCAUCAAGACACCAGUCAGGGAAGGAUUUGGCAAAGAGGAGACCCCCGGACCAGUUGCUCCACGACUUGCAUCAGGAAAUAUCCCCAAGCCGGCCCCCAAACCUUCAGCUGCUCUGCAGCAGUCUGUCCACGCCCCAAAGGCCAAGCCUUCGUCCGUCCUGGGCGGUCUUGAGAGCUCUAGAUACGCGUCGCCAUCGAGCAAUAAGCCUUUUCGAUGA